AUGGCAAGUUUUGACAUGAUUGCCGAUUUGAAGCCUAAGAAAAACAUGUGGAAGAUCAGGGUUAAGAUCAUCCGAAUUUGGAAGCAAUACUCGGUGGUUGGUGGAGAGAGUAUUGAAAUGGUCUUGGUCGAUUCAAAUGGUGAUAAGAUUCAUGGUUGUUUUAAGAAAGAUGAGGUUACCCAGUAUGAAGGUUUGAUCGGAGAAAGUGAAUCUAAACUGAUGGCGAACUUUAUUGUUACGCAAUCUUGUGGAAGCUAUCGUACUACCCCGCACCCUUACAAGAUCGUGUUUCUCCCCACAACAAGAGUGAGAAACUGUGAAGAUUUACCACGUAAUUUGACUGGUUUCAACCCUGUAAAUUACAAAGAUCUCAUGUCUGGUAAUCUAGAUGGUGAUUUUUUGGUUGAUGUUAUGGGACAAGUGUUGGAGAUUUCUCAUCUUGAUGUUGUGUCUGUCCAUGGCAAAGAUACACCUAAGCUUGCUCUCGAACUACGUAACACAGAAGAUGAUCGUCUUCCAAUUGUGUUGUGGGGAAAGUUUCCUGAGGAUGUCAAUGACGCUGUGCUAAGGGGAAGUGAAGAUGGAGUGAUGUUAGUUAUGCGAUUUGGAAAGACAAAAGUUGUCACGCCCCCAAUCCUGAGAAGGAUUGUCGGGACGGACUAUGGUUCGAGGAAACGAACCAGCCGAUCCUUGUGA